AUGGUAGCUUGGGCAGCUUUAGGCGCAAUGGGAACAAAAGCAUUAGCAUUUGGAGCAAAAGCACUUGGAGCUUAUGACGCAGUAAAUAAAAUGAGUGGAGGAAGGGUUUCGAAGACAUUAGAUGCAAAUAAAGGAAAGAUUGGAGGCUGGGUUGCAAAGAAGUUAAGAUUAAAUAAAAUAGGGCUCAUAAAUAAAGCAUCCAAUUUGGUUGCGACUGAGUCAGAAAAUGCUUUAGGAAAGGACGAUGAGUUUGCAAAACACGCAAAAGACUUUAAUGACCAGAUGAAAGGUGAAACAAUGCAUUUAAAUAGAGUCGAUGGAACUAAAGAAAAUGUUUCUUCUCCACAACUUCCACCAGCAGUUCUUCCGUAUGGUCCCUAUGGAAUGUAUGGAAACCCUUACGAAAGACCAUUUGACCCAUUGACCUAUAUGAAGAAGAAAGUGAGUCAGAAGAUUAUGAGCUGUUAUGUGAAGCACAGCAAUGGGAGGAGUUGCAAUACUUUUGUAAGUGAGAAUGUUUAUUUUUUACAUUAG